GAGAGAGAGAGAGAGAUGACGGCAGUGGCGGUGGUGACGGCGCCGGUGGCAAGAGUCCGGUGGAGCGUUGUCGUGGUGCUGUCUCUUUGGCCAGUGCCGCCUGGGCGCUGGUUGUGCGUGGCGGUGGUCGGGGUGGUGCUGCUGCUCUGCUGCUGCGCUUGCGUCUGGAAGAAGUGCUGCUGCAAGCGGCGCAAGGGCAAGAAGAGCAAGGAGAAGAAGAACGCCAUCAACCUGCAGGAGGUGAAGAACCUCGGGCAGACCUACAAGGACAAGGUUCAGCCGGAAAUCGAGGAAGUGGACUUCAACGUGGGCCCUCCUCCCCCUGAGAUCGUGCUGCAGAAGGAGGAGGAGAGACUGGGGAAGCUGCAGUUCACCCUGGACUACGACUUCCAGAGCACGCAGCUGACGGUGGGGAUCCUGCAGGCGGCCGAGCUGCCGGCGCUGGACAUGGGGGGGACGUCCGACCCCUACGUGAAGAUCUUCCUGCUGCCCGACAAGAAGAAGAAGUACGAGACCAGGGUGCACCGGAAGACCCUGAACCCCGUGUUCAACGAGAGCUUCUCCUUCAAGGUGCCCUACUCGGAACUCGGCGGCAAGACCCUGGUCAUGAUGGUCUUCGACUUCGAUCGCUUCUCCAAACACGACGUGAUGGGCGAAGUGCGCGUGCCCAUGAACACCGUGGACCUGGGCCACGUCACGGAGGAGUGGAGGGAGCUGGAGAGCGCCGACAAGGAGGAGCAAGAGAAGCUGGGCGACGUGUGCUUCUCGCUGCGCUACGUCCCCACGGCCGGGAAGCUCACCGUGGUCGUCCUCGAGGCAAAGAACCUCAAGAAGAUGGACGUCGGCGGCCUCUCCGAUCCCUACGUGAAGAUCCACCUGAUGCAGAACGCCAAGAGGAUGAAAAAGAAGAAGACGACCAUCAAGAAGAACACGCUGAACCCCUACUACAACGAGUCCUUCAGCUUCGAGGUGCCCUUCGACCAAAUACAGCGUGUACAGGUGGUGAUCACGGUGCUGGAUUACGACAAGCUGGGCAAGAACGAGCCGAUCGGCAAACUCUACGUGGGCUGCAACGCGUCCGGCGCGGGGCUGCGCCACUGGUCCGACAUGCUGGCCAACCCGCGGCGCCCCAUCGCCCAGUGGCACACCCUGCAGCCUCCCGACGAGGUGGACAUGGCGCUGCAGAACUGAGGGCGGCGGGCGCCAGGCCCCCCCCAUCCCCUCGGACGUCGCCCCCGUACCUGGCUACAGCGUC